GAGGGGCUAAUUGUGCGGCUAGUCCUUUGGGGGCCGGACAAGGAGAGGCGGCAGUCACUGCUCUCCUCACUCCGAUAGUUAUUUACAGACGUAUGCAUUCACGGCGGCGGCGGCGGAAGACUAACGCACGUUUUGUUUGGAGACCCACCGUAGCACUAGACACGAUCUGAGUCCUGAACCCGGGGCGCCUCACCCGUUUGUUCCGCGAAGCGAGUGCCAAGCUUCCUGUGGCGGCUCUUGGUGUCGGGGUGGAGGAUCUGCCGCGGAGGAGUUCUGGGAAAGCCUCCAGAUCAAGUGUGCUGCUUGUGAGCCCAGCCAGGCCCUUCUCCAACAAAGACGGAGUGUAGUGCCCAUGAGAAGCAGACUGUUUUGCUUGGAGAGCUUCAAGUAUUUUCUCCGCCAACAGUGAAGUGGGUUUUUUACUGACACUGACAAGUAGUUCUUCAUCCUGUUAAGCCAUGGAGAAGUAUGAGAAGAUUGGCAAAAUUGGAGAGGGUUCCUAUGGAGUGGUGUUUAAGUGUCGAAACAAGGAUACUGGCCAGAUUGUAGCAAUCAAGAAGUUUGUAGAAUCCGAAGACGACCCGGUUAUUAAAAAGAUUGCUUUGAGGGAGAUCAGGAUGCUGAAGCAACUGAAGCACCCUAACUUGGUAAAUCUGAUUGAGGUUUUUCGUCGGAAGAGGAAACUCCACUUAGUGUUCGAGUAUUGCGACCACACAGUGCUAAAUGAACUGGACCGCUACCCUCGAGGAGUCCCUGAAUCGCUAGUGAAAAGCAUCACUUGGCAAACACUUCAGGCUGUGAACUUUUGCCACAAGCAGAACUGCAUCCACCGAGACGUGAAGCCUGAGAACAUCCUGAUCACAAAGCACCAGGUCAUCAAACUGUGCGACUUUGGCUUUGCCAGGAUAUUAACGGGACCCUGUGACUACUACACAGACUAUGUGGCUACAAGAUGGUACCGGGCUCCUGAACUGCUGGUGGGUGACACACAGUAUGGACCUCCAGUAGACGUCUGGGCAAUCGGCUGUGUGUUUGCCGAACUCCUGUCAGGCGUUCCCUUGUGGCCUGGUAAAUCUGAUGUUGACCAGCUCUAUCUCAUCAGGAAGACUCUGGGUGAUCUGAUUCCUCGGCAUCAGCAAGUGUUCAGUGCAAACAAGUUCUUUAGUGGCAUCAGCAUCCCGGUGCCUGAAAACAUGGAGCCUCUGGAGCUGAAACUCCCAGUUCUUUCCUAUCAGGCUUUGAGUCUCAUGAAGGGCUGUCUGCAGAUGGACCCUGCAGAGAGGCUGACAUGUGAACAGCUUCUGGAGCACCCGUACUUCGAUAGCCUGAGAGACGACUGUGAUGUGGCAGGAAGAGAGCAGGACCGGUCAAAGAGAAGGACGCGUCUGCCCCGCAAGCACCUGCCCCCAGGGUAUCUUCCUCAGCUCACCAACAGCAACAUAUUCCCAGCUUUGGACAGCAAGAAAUACUAUGGAAAUUUACGGAAGUACAACUACCACUUUCCAAACAUCUGACAAAGGGGUAGGCAAUAAUAACAAGAAAUAACUGCAUUGACAAACACAAAAAAAGAUCCAAAACAACAUGGAGGGAGUGGAAUAUAUUCAAUUUCUAGUAGGCUUUGGCACCAUACCAUUUGGUGAGUGGCUCAAUAGCACCUCCUUCAUCGUUGGUUCUCCACUGUAAAUCUUACAGUAUCUGCUCAUCUGAAAGAAGACAAAAAACAGACUUGUGCAGGAGACGCCAACAUGCAGAGAUGUUCUCCUCGUGACGAACUGCAUAUGCAGAAGAUAAACUGUGUUGUUAGGCUCUGGUGUGGGAUUCUCGACCACACUUGCUAAGAAUUAUUUAACUGAAAGAAUAACAAGCGUCAGACGGCUACUAAGAUAGCUGUAUUUGGCCGCAUGUAGAUUUAGUUUGGGCUGGUGUAGCUUGCUAGUCAAGGGAGAGAAUGUCUUAGUAAAUCUUGUGUUUUUAUUAUUUCUUUUAAAAGAAAUUCUGUGCCAAAAAUGUAAAGCCAGUUCAUUUUUCAGAAACAUAUAGUUGUCUUCCAGAAGAAUAAUUACUGGCUGUUAUCAAACUUAUUAUUUAUAAUAACAAAAAUGCCCAACUCUGUUGCCAGGAAUCAAACACAUUCAAGCAAAACAAAAUAUUUCUAUCUCUUUUUACUCUUUCAGUUCCCACCGACUCCCGAAAUGCUCUCCACUAACAUUCAUCGAUCCAGAGUAUUUCCACAUGAACCCCUAAUGCUAUCGAUGGGGUACAAAUUUUAGUUAAGACUGCUGAGUGCUGUCUUUGCUCAGAUGUAAACAUCAGUGCUGAAGUAUUAAUCCCCAAGAAAUUGUUACCAAAAAAAGAAAAUGGUGCUAAAAGGCCAAACUCCUGUAUUAGUCACCCAUCACUGAUGGAGAACAUCGGCCGUUUAGUCUCGACGGUUACUGUGAUGCGGCACAAGGGACAAACCUCAAGACACUAAAUGUGAACAAGUUGAAUUUCACAUCGUGGCUUAUUUAAUGUGUGGAUCUUAUACAUAGAGAAUUUACAGAAAAUUAUGAUAUUAAAACCAAUUAAACUUUUAUUCUGUAAUUAAUAAAUAAAUGUAUUAUCUAGUUCAGGGUGACCCAUGAAAAGUCAAGUAUCGUGAUCAACACCCGUAGCUGACUUAACUUGUUGAAGUGUCCACCAUCACACUCGCUUGCUUUUCAUUUUUGGGAUGUGGCGAGCCGAGUGAAAACAGGAAUUUAUUAGUAAUGAAAGCGCACACUGCAGAUUUACAAAUAAAGUAAGUUUUUAUGCACUUCCCUGUAAAAUUUGAUGUUAUUGCAAUAUUAUUUCAAACAAUUUUUAGCCUUAGUUUAAAAAUGUACUUUUUUUGGCAUUAGAGCAAUUUACAAAAACACUUUUGCCAUUAAAGUCCUACCCACAGCACACUGUGGCCGGGUUUACGCACUUCUCCACUAGAGUGUCAUAGCAGUGCCAUGCACAUUUAAUUGUCUUUCUUGGCUCAUUAUUCACUACAAAAUUUAUCAUUUAUUGCCCUAUAUAUAUAUAUAUAUAUAUAAUAUAUAGUGUGUGUGUGUAUGUCUGUAUGUAUAUGUGAAAUGGGGACUAAUGGCACCUCUUCAGGAGUUUAUUUUACCAUUGACCAGCUGACAAAGGGGCUUCUGACUAUGGCUGCCCCAAAUCAAUGUAUAAGACAGGCUAAAGCAAUGUCACCUCUAAGGCUACAUUUGAGACUCGAGUAGCUUGUGUGUUGUAUUUAGUGCUCUUCUUAACACAAAUGUUUUCCAUCAAACACAAUAAAGGAAGGAAAACCAUAAGAAUAAAGAAAACUCAAGUGCUGCUUCCCACUUUGACAAUGAUACAGACAUUUGGAGCCAAACUGUUAUUGUUCUAGUAUGGGAGAAAAGGCAGUUAAAAUGAUUUAAUUUUGCUGGCUAGGAAACCAUUAGUGUUCAAUUAUUUAUUUACAAUGUUUUUUUUUCCUCAAUUUUUCUGGCUAGUUCCAAAACGUCAGUGCCUAGAAUGCAAUCUGAUUUGAAGAAUCUGUUUUCUUAGCCUCUUAAUAUGGAUGCCUUCUUGAGUCCCUGUGAGUCCAAUCUUAUUUUAUAGUCUUAAUGCGGAUGCCAAAUAUUAUAGAAAUGAAAACCCUGUAUAAAUGUUUUUUGUAAGAAAUUUUAAGUGUGAGACUUGCCCAAUUUGUAUAGUAUAUACAGCAAUGUGUGUGUCUGCAUUGUACUUUUGUAUUCAUUUCAAACAAGCUAAAUUGGAAUAAAAUUACAUCAAAACAA